AUGAGUUACGUCGCUAAGGGUGAAAAAGAAUACGAUGCCGCUGGCGCGGUGCCCGCUGCGAAGAUCCACAAGAUCCGCAUCACCCUCACCUCCAGCAACGUCAAGAACCUGGAGAAGUUCUGCGGCGACCUGAUCAACAGGUCGAAGGAGAAGCAGCUCUUCGUUAAGGGCCCCGUCCGCCUCCCGACCAAGGUGUUGAAGAUCACCACCCGGAAGUCUCCCUGCGGUGAGGGUUCCAAGACCUGGGACCGCUACGAGCUCAAGAUCCACAAGCGCCUCAUUGACCUGCACGCUUCCUCGGAGGUUGUCAAGCAGAUCACCUCCACGACGCUCGAGCCCGGUGUCGAGGUCGAGGUCACCAUCUCUGCCUGA